AUGAUCCCUUUGCUCAACAGAGACAUCUGUGACAAGGAGUGUGAAGCUGAACGGGGGACUCUCAUCGCUGUAUGCCUGCUCAGGAGAAGUACCUUAUUUGAAAUGAAGAUCAUUAAAAGCUGUGUUUGUGGGUGGCUAAUUUAUUCGUUCCUCCACACGAGAGGCUCAAAGAGCAGGGAGGGCUGUCUGGAGGAGCCCGGGCAACGCUCGGCGACGCGCCACGGCCGCCGGUACCGUUUCCCGGGGAGCGGGCGCCGCUCUCUCGGCGGGCCCGGCCCGGCCCGCACGGCGGCAGUUGGAGCCUCGGGCGGUUCUGCCCGCGCCGGGUCCUUGCAGUUUGUAUCCCGCGGGCGGGGCCGGCCGGUGCCAGCGGCCGCGAUGGGCCCGCUGCCGGGGCUCCUGCUGCUCCUGCUGGGCGUGGCGGGGUGCCCCGGGGCCCGGGGGGCGCAGCCCGCGGAGCCGCGCGCCGCCUGGGUGACGGUGCCGCGGCAGCUGAGCCCCCGGCUCGGCCGCGACGCCCCGGGCGUGUCCUACUGGCUCAAGGUGGCGGGGCGGCCGCGGGUGCUGCGCCUGCAGCCCAGGCAGGGCCUGGUCUCCCGCCCCUUCACCCUGGUCACCUACGGCCGGGACGGGGCCCGUCGGGAGGAGCACCCCUUCGUGCGGGACAACUGCUUCUACCAGGGCGAGGUGCUGGGGAGCCCCGGCUCCCUGGUAGCCCUCUGCACUUGCGGCAGGGGCCUCCACGGCGUGCUCUGGGUGGGGGAUGAUACCUACCAGAUCGAGCCCGUCCCCAACGAUCCGGCCUUUCGGCACAUCCUCUACCGCAUGGAGGAGUCCAACAGCUCCGAGGGAGCCGGCUGCGGACUGACGCCGGAGGUGCUGCGGCAACAAAAGGCUGUGCUGCCGUGGUUCAAGGCUCCCAAGAUAGACGAGGAGAACGAAAUGCUGAACGACUGGUGGACGCACAUCAGAUAUGUGAAGAUAGUAGUGGUCGUGGACAAUGUGCGGUAUGUGAAGACAGGCAGGAACAAAGCUGAAGUCUUGAAGCAUAUCAUGCAAAUCAUCAACGUUGGAGACACCUUGUACAAACAGCUUUCUGUCCGUCUGUUUCUUAUAGGACUGGAGAUCUGGACUGAAAGCAACCUUGUAAAUGUUAGUAAGUCUAUUCCCAGUGUACUUGGUCAGUUUAACCAAUGGAGAAAGACAAACCUGUACCAACGGUUGCGCCACGAUGUUGCUCACUUAUUUGCGUUUCAGUGGUUUCAAGGCAGCCUGGGAUUGGCAUAUAUAGGGACAGUGUGUGAUAAACACUGGGCAUCGGCUGUUAUUUCCUUCACUGAGAUGAAGCUGUCCGAAAUUUUUAUCACUUUUGUCCAUGAGCUGGGCCAUAAUCUUGGGAUGAGCCAUGAUAAACCGCAUUGUAAAUGCAGGCGCAAGACAUGCAUUAUGUAUGAACACAAUGCUGAGACCGAUUCAUUCAGUGACUGCAGCUACAAAAACUACUUUGACCUGCUUGGAACUGGCGCCGCCUGCCUUCGUCAACCACCAGCACCUGGCACUUUCUACACCUCGAACCGUGAAUACUGUGGGAAUAAGAUAGUAGAAAGUGGAGAGCAAUGUGACUGUGGUUCAGCACCAAGCUGCAGAAAAGAUCCUUGUUGCCGCGCGAACUGUACAUUUACUGCAGGUUCGGUCUGUGCAUCUGGAAAAUGCUGCAAGAACUGUAAGAUUCUUCCAGCAGGGACAGUCUGCAGAGCAAGUACUGGCAGCUGUGACUUGCCAGAGUAUUGCAAUGGGAUUUCCCCUCGGUGCCCACUGGAUGUAUAUGUACAAGAUGGAGCGCCUUGUGAAGAUGGUGGUGUUUAUUGCUAUCAUGGAAAAUGUUCUUCCCAUGGUGAACAGUGCCAGCGUCUCUUUGGCAAACAUGCCAGGGUUGCUCCUUUGGCUUGUUUCAAAGCAGUGAAUACUCAAGGUGACCGCUUUGGGAAUUGUGGUAUUCGUGAUAAUAUCCAUUUUACAAAAUGCAGUACUGAGAAUAUCUUAUGUGGUAGGAUUCAGUGUGAAAACAUAGUCAAAUUACCUUUGUUGCAGAGCCAUGUAACACUGGUCCAAACUCCUGUUGGGGAUAAAAAUUGUUGGGGUCUUGACUAUCACGUAGGGAUGCCAACAGCAGAUGUGGGAGCUGUGGAAGAUGGCACACCAUGUGGUAGAAAUAAGCUUUGUAUCAACAGGACGUGUGUGAGUGUUGUAGUGCUGAACUAUGACUGUAACGUGACCAAGUGUCAUGACAGAGGAGUGUGUAACAAUCGUAAGAACUGUCACUGCGAUUAUGGCUGGGCCCCUCCCUAUUGUGCAUUGGAAGGAUUUGGAGGUAGCAUUGACAGUGGACCCCCUCCAGCCAGGAAGACUACUUCUUCUCAGAGAAAAAAAGUAAGACUAGCACUAUUUGUUUUUUAUUCUUUAUGUAUCCUCGGAGGAUUCCUUGCCUUCCGUUAUAAACAGGAAAUAAUGGGAUGGCUUGCGAAGGCCCAAUUCCAAAGAAUGUGGCUGUUGUUUCAAAGACUGAAAAAAAAGGAAAUUCCUAAAGAAAACGGACCUGCUAGCGAGUCCAAGUAAAUCAGCAGUAGUUCUGGAUGCUCYUGGGGGAAUCUCCCAUUAGCAGAGCCAUCUGAUAACUCACCAAAAUAACAGGUUUUGAACAGCUCUAAUCUCAUGUGAUACCAUUAAAUGCAGCGUCAAUGUUGUCUCUGUUUAUUUUAUUUCAAGGUGAUAAGUGCAAGUAGUAAGGCAUGCUGUUCUUUGUACCCUGAGCUCUUAAACUGAUGUAAUUAAGUAAACUGCAGGUAUUAUGUUUAUGCUUCAUAUUAGCAGUUUAAAAAUGCAAACUUCUUAA